GCAGGCGACGUGAUUGCGUCACCGUCGGGCGCUGACGUACGCAGGACUGCCUGCGUUGCGACUCAGCAAUUCUCGCGGAGAGCGUGUCCUCUGCGAUGGCGGGCACGGGUCUGGUGGCCGGAGAGGUGGUAGUGGAUGCGCUGCCGUAUUUUGAUCAAGGCUAUGAGGCGCCGGGCGUGCGGGAAGCGGCUGCGGCGCUGGUGGAGGAGGAGACGCGCAGAUACCGACCCACCAAGAAUUACCUGAGCUACUUGACAGCGCCAGAUUAUUCCGCUUUUGAAACUGACAUAAUGAGAAAUGAAUUCGAAAGAUUGGCUGCAAGACAACCAAUUGAAUUGCUCAGUAUGAAACGAUAUGAGCUUCCAGCCCCUUCCUCAGGUCAGAAAAAUGACAUUACUGCGUGGCAAGAAUGUGUGAACAAUUCUAUGGCCCAGUUAGAACAUCAGGCAGUUCGAAUUGAGAACCUGGAGCUGAUGUCACAGCAUGGAUGUAAUGCCUGGAAGGUGUAUAACGAAAAUCUAGUUCACAUGAUUGAACAUGCACAGAAAGAGCUUCAGAAGUUACGGAAACAUAUUCAAGACUUAAACUGGCAGCGGAAGAACAUGCAGCUCACAGCUGGAUCUAAACUGAGAGAAAUGGAGUCAAAUUGGGUAUCCCUGGUCAGUAAGAAUUAUGAGAUUGAACGGACCAUUGUGCAACUAGAGAAUGAAAUCUAUCAAAUUAGGCAGCAGCAGGGAGAGGCAAACAAAGAAAACAUCCGGCAGGACUUCUGAAAAGACUGGGACAGAAGAGGAAAAGCUGGGCUCCUGCAAGCACAGCCAUUCGCACUGGCCCUGAACCACGAGGACAGCAGCCUCUCACAGACGGCAGUGGGAAAUGUUUAGAAACCGCAACGUAUCACGUCUUACAUGAGUUGUAUCUGUGUGUCUCUGAAAUAAAGACUAUCAGCUUGGUGGUAUUUUUAUAGCUAUAAA